CUAGUUUUACUGUUUCUACGGUUUCUCAUAAGCCAACUAACCUCUGAAAACAAAAUCAUUCAGUUUCGUCCGUGGAGUGCAAUCAAAUUCAAUCUUUUAUCUAAUGUACACAGUUGAGAAUUAAUACCUACGUGUUUCAAUACAAGCUAUUGAAAACAGCCAUAUUUUCAAUUUACGUUGCGGGUCUCAGUGUGAUCUCAGAGCUCAGGAGAAUAAAAGCUUGAUUAUCGAAUAAACUGCGAUGCCGGAUUUCAGUCCUCUCAGCCCUUUUGUUUAUUGGGCACAAAAUGAAGAAAACAUUUUUAAAAUUGAACUUACAGAUGUAAAGAACCCUGACAUUUCCCUGGAAGACAGGAAGAUCACCUUUCUUUCAACUGGUUUAGGUGCAAAAGGCCUGCAUAAAUAUGGUUUCAGUCUAGAUUUUAAUGACUAUGUCAAUCCAGAGGCAAGCAAUUAUAAAAUACUGGAUCGUAAAGUGGAGUUUACAAUCCAGAAGACAACAAAAGCAUGGUGGAACAGGUUGACCUCACAGCCAUCCAAGCCUGCUUGGCUUAAAAUUGACUUUGAUAAAUGGCAAUCUGAGGAAGACCUUAAUGAUGAAGAUGAGGAUGUUAGAGAUGUGAGGGAAGACUAUCCUGAUGUGUAUAAAAAGUUGCAGCAAGAAGAAAAAGGUUAUUCGAAAGAGGAUUGGAAAAAGGUCUACUUAGCUUUCUACAAUUUCGGCAUGUACAUUGGCUUCCUGUACGUGUUAGUUGUGAUAGGCAUGCGCUUCCUUAAAGAUGGCGUCGACUCUUACGAGGGUACCUACGCCGCCGUCGGUUACAUCAUGGUUACCCUCCAAUUAUUGCAAUUCAUGGAGGUCCUGCAUCCAAUAUUUGGAUACACCAAAACCAACAUAAUAAUGGCAUUCAUGCAGGUUUUCGGCCGAUUUAUGGUGAUUUGCAUUCUCAUUGACCCCGAGCCACGCAUGCAAACCAAGCCGGUUAUCUUCUACUUGUUUUUCGUGUGGUCUGUUAUCGAAAUCACGCGCUAUCCGUACUAUAUCACGCAGAUCUACAACAGAGAGAACGGUUUGAUCACUUGGCUGCGUUAUACCAUUUGGAUUCCAUUGUAUCCGCUGGGUUUUGUCUGCGAAGGUGUUAUUAUGCUGCGCAGUAUUCCUUACUUUGAGGAGACAGGCAAAUUUUCGCUUUCCUUGCCUAACAGUUACAACUUUGCAUUCAGCCUGCCGCUGAUAAUUCGUUGUUAUUUAUUGUUCUUGCUUUUGCCUGGUAUUUACACGUUAAUGUCGCACAUGUACAAGAUGCGCGUGAAGAAGUUGGGGCCGAAUAAGUGGCAGAAAUCGCGGAAGGUCAAGUAAAUAUACUUGGAACAAGAGUCAAUCGUAACAGUCAGUAGAUAUCCCGCCAGUAAACCUUAUAGUCACUUGUUGCAGCUAUUCGGAGUUGCAAACAGGCAAAAUCGCUUUAAGAUUUAAUCAAUUAGGAACCAUGACGUUUGAAUUAUUGAAAAUUUCAUGCACAUAAAGUUGCAGCGUAUUCUUAAAUCUUUCUAUUGUCGUAAUAAUUAUGUGGUUAAAUAGUUCAACAUUGAUUUUCAAUAAAUUUUGUAUAUUAAUUACGAGUAAAACGAUUGGAGAUUA